AUGUGCCAGUACUCACAAUCCGUCUUCAGCUGCUACCACAAGCGCUGGGGUCUCCGAAUCAAGCUUUGCAAAGAGGCCGAAGAUUUCAUCGCCGGAAAGACUGAAUGCGACUGUGGUAUCCAAAUGCCUUACCCGCCGACAUCACGGAAGUUGCAGUGCAGUUGCAGAGAGUGUGGCCCGAUUGAUGAGAAGAUUGCUAAGGCGAGGAAGAUGAUUGGGAGUAUCCGAGAGACCUUGGAGGAGGUCGAGAGGAAAACGGAAGAGGAGAAGAAGGAGAGUGUUAAUCACGGUGAAGAUGAUGAGAGUCACGAGGAGGAAGAGAAGGAGGUUGCAAGCCAAGGCCAAAACGACGAGAACAGUCAAUGCGAGAAGAGUCAACAGACAACAGAGGAAAUGGAACCAAGAAAUGAAGAGGACCAACAACAUGGUAUAAGCCAACCUCCGAUCUAG